AGUCCGACACCCGUCGACUGAGCCACGCAGGUGCCCUGAACAGGGCAGAUGUUGACUGGAGAUUGGAGCAUGUGGCCUGAAAAAGAUUCAUGUAAAGAGACAUGAUCAGGCCCUCACGGUCUCCAAGGACACGUUCUCGAGGUGCAUAUCUGAAGCUUUGAGAAUAAUAUUGGGGCUUACCCAGAAAUUUGCAAGCUUGCUCUCAAUGGGUGCUUGAGGACCCACAGACUUAAACUGGCUGCUGGAAGACAGAAAGAGCCCCCACGCCACAGUCGGUACGGGUUGCUGACUUCACUCGGCACGAAGCUCACAGGUUUGAGGUUAGUCUUUAUGGGCAUGAUGGGAAUCUUUGCCAGUCGGGCAUGUAUUGACCCAGUAAUCAUCCUGGAAACUACCAAGAUGAUCCCAAAGAAGACACCAAGUCAUAUUUUUGAUAAAUCCAGCUAGCACGUGGCACGUACAUUAGUGAACAGAAACCCACAUUCUCAGAACACUCAGGUUUGGGUUCUAGAACUGCGCAGGGUACAAAAAUCAUCAUGGAGGCCCACCCGUAGCCAGAGUGGAGAUGGAGGACCCAGAAUGUGAUUCCACCACUACCGACACCCCCUACCCCGCCCCCGGCCGCCACCGCCCCUGGCUGUGGCCGCACACAUGGAUUAUGUCACCGCCACUUCCAGCAGUUACUAUUUUAACCAGGAGACGUGUUCUGCCCAGAAUAGACCUUGGCUCCUGGGCCACCAGUUGCAAACCUGUCUUCAUGAUGGAGGGGCUCUUGUUCCCUCUGCUUUAAGAAGUGUCCCCGGAGGUCAGGCCCAGUGGGAACUCGGGGUGGAAGGCAGUACGGGACCUGGUGCCACUUCUUCCCAUUACCGUGUCAUGCCAUAUACUGAACAUCUAAUGGAGCAGAAUCACCAGCUUGAGAACGAACUAUGUCUAUUUUUCUCAGCUGUAAGCUCAUCGGAAAGAGUGAGAGGUAUUUUUUUUUUUUCCUUCUCCCAACAGAGGGACCAGGUUCUGUGUUCUGGAUGUCUGGACUUCUGUCUCAGAGGAGCAUUAGAUGCCUUUGUUUUCAAUCAUCUAGGAGACAGGACUCAACCCAGCUGGGGGCUGGUCACCUGGAGGACAGAGAAUGAUCAGGUACUGCUGUGCGUGACUCUAACAGCCCAGGCAAGUGACCCCCCACUACUAAUCCUGGCAUGCAAGGAGGGGUGCACAGGGCAUUACCUCCCUGCCAGCACCUGGACCAGUUGGCCUGGACUCAUGCCGCUAGCGAGGCUCACUUCCGAUGGAACUGCAGCCCGGGGCAGACGGCUGGGGACCACACCCACACGUCCAGUUGAUCCUGGAACAACACAGGAUCCAGUCAAAGGGGCCACAUAGCAUUUAAUCAGCCUCUCCAGUCUCCUCCAGUCUAGGACAGCGUUUCUGUCUUCCCUAGUUUUCCAUGACCUUGACUGUCCUAAGGAGUAGUGGCCAGCUAUCCUGUAGAAUGUCUCCCAAACUGAGUUUGUCAGAUAUUUUUCUCAUGCUUGGACUGGGGUUGUGGGAUCUGGGGAAAAAAAAUCCCACAAGGGUGAAGUGCUCUUCUCAUCACAUCCUGUCAUCAGACGGUCCGCGACACCCACAUGGCAUCACUGAUCAUGUCAGCCUUCAUCGCUCAGUGGACGUGAUGUCUGCCAGCUUUCACCGCUGUCAAGUUACGAAUCCCAGUUCCCUAGUCUCUUCUUCUAAAACCACCCAGCCCUUUUUUAUUUGCAAUAGAAAAAUAAAGAAAUAGGAUGCUGCUUGCAACUGAGUGUCACGGAAGCGUUCUUGACUGUUAUAUUUAUAUUUGAGCAAGGGUUUUCUUGAAGCCCUCUGCCUCGACCAAAAGUAGCAACUCUAAUGGUAGGAAUUUCAGGCUCUGUGACAGUUGGGUGUGGGCGUGUGGGCCUGGGUGAUAAAUGCAAGCAGCGCGCUCCAUCCUCCCGCUCAGGCGGGGCCCCGCGCCUCGGCCUAUAUAUAGGACCAGAGCAUAGAGUAGCCUGUUCAUAAAAUCUUGGUACAGAUUUGAACACUCAACACACCCACGCACAUUCAAGGGACUAUCCUACCACUUAUUUGCUAACACGGGGUAGAAGUGCAGAUUCAGAAGGGGUGAUGAUUGUUUACCCAGGACAAAUUAAUCAUCUUUGGUGGAGAGCAUCACUGGAGAGGAAUAUGGCCCCCUUUCUAUUUCCAGUCCGACUUGUUCCCAACGAGACAGUCACUCCAUUUUGAGAGUAAGCCCCUCCCUCCAUCCUUGAAAUUGGAAGCUACGUGGAGAUAGAUAUGAAAAUAAGCAUACAGCCCCCUCCCUCAGUGUUCAUGCUCCCCGCACAGAGAGAUGCUGUUGCAAUUAUUUGAUCUUAAGGCUGCCUAUUUCCGCUCCGGAUAUGACUUCAAGCAUCUCUUCUUUUCUUAAAUGCCUCCGAUGACCCUAAAAGGUAUGGACAGACUUUCAGGUUUAAUGCUUUAGACGGAAAGUAUAUUCCUGGGGUUGGGGUUGGGAUCAGGAGAAAGACUACGGAUCAUUCAGAACCUCCGUGAUGACAAAGUGCUUGUUGGAACCUUGCAGAAGUUGUUUAUUGGGCUUCUGACUCGUACAGAAACAAGGAAUUCAGCAACAGAUUUGGAGCAAUAAAGCAUGGUAAUGUUUGUUCACACUUCGUGCUGUCAGAAUUAAGAUUCAGUUCCAUAAGCCCUCGACUUGGGUCCUUCACAGAAACCAUCUCAUAAUAUCACUUCACGUGGGCUGUGUUACAGCAGUUCUGCGGGAGGUGAGAGCAAGGCAUGGAUUUGAUGGAAGGCUUUUCUAGUGACUGGAGAUUAGGAAGUGGCCUGGGGGGGGGGGUGGUUCUGAAUUCAGAAAGGCACUCUAGCGU